AUUGGACCACGUCAGCACGUUAGCGGAAUUCCAACCAUUUUAGCAAACUCCAAAAAUCUGCCUCACAGAGAAGUAGUUUCAGUUCAUCCUUUUCUUCUCAUAGAAAGUGCAGAGAAACUUAACAACUGGUUGCUUCAAUAAGGUGUCAAUAAUUGUUUGUUUUGUACAGUGAUACCUAUUUGAUCUCUGUACACAACUGUUAAACAUAGUCUAGGUUAGGGUUUCUAAGGUAAAAGAGUUUGAAAAUACCGAGCAACUUGCUGUGGCAACUUCAACUUUGAAUUUGAGUAUGAUUCGUGUUAGUUCUAUACAAUUUUCUCAUGAGUUAAGGGUUCACAAUAGUCAUGGAUGCAGUAAUCAACACACUAGUGCAAUCAGAAAGAGCAGAGUACAGUUGAUUAAUGUCAAUCUUUCUUCUCAAUUUCUGCGACAGGAUCCUUGGAGUCUCCAUCUUCAAAACUGCAUACAUAGGUCACCGAGUCCUGUACCUUCCAGAUGUAUUGUGUUCCUUUGCCAAUCUGUUCUAACACCAGGUGAAGGAAAUGGGAUUCCUGUUCUGAAAUCUGCAGCCAUGGCCUUGACAAGGUCCUAUGAUGCUCUUUGUGGAACUACUCUGGUGCUUAAAUUGAUCCCGGCAGUUUGUAUCAUUGCUUUUGCUGCAUGGGGUCUUGACCCUCUAAUGUGUUUGGGGAGGGCUGUAUUUCUCCAUACUCUCCUUUCUGGCAAUUUCCUGCAGAAAUCUGAUAGUAGUUGGAAAAAGAGUAGAACGUAUUUGGUCAUGACUUCUUAUCUUCAACCUUUGCUGCUCUGGACUGGAGCAAUGCUCAUCUGCAGAGCUCUAGAUGUAGUAGUUCUACCAUCAGAAGCAAGCCAAGCUGUGAAACUACGACUUCUAAAUUUUGUACGUUCGUUGUCAACCGUUAUGGCAUUUGCUUAUUGUUUUUCCAGCUUGAUUCAACAGGCACAAAAAUUCUUCACAGAGACAAAUGACUCCAGUGAUGCUAGAAAUAUGGGCUUUAGUUUUGCUGGAAAAGCUGUUUAUUCUGCAGUCUGGAUUGCUGCCGUGUCACUGUUCAUGGAAUUGCUAGGCUUCUCUACUCAAAAGUGGCUAACAGCUGGAGGCCUUGGUACAGUGUUGCUCACCCUUGCUGGCCGAGAGAUAUUUACAAAUUUCCUUUCAAGUGUAAUGAUCCAUGCAACACGGCCAUUUGUUUUGAAUGAAUGGAUUCAGACAAAAAUUGAAGGCUAUGAAGUUUCUGGUACUGUUGAGCAUGUGGGCUGGUGGUCCCCAACAAUUAUAAGAGGUGAUGAUCGCGAAGCUGUUCAUAUUCCAAACCACAAGUUCAAUGUGAGUGUUGUGAGAAAUCUUAGCCAGAAGACUCAUUGGCGCAUCAAGACCCACUUUGCCAUCAGUCACUUGGAUGUCAUUAAAAUUAAUAAUAUUGUAGCUGAUAUGCGCAAAGUUUUGGCAAAAAAUCCACAAAUUGAGCAGCAAAGGUUGCACAGAAGAGUUUUCCUGGAUAAUAUCAAUCCAGAGAAUCAGGCUCUUAUGAUUUUGGUAUCAUGCUUUGUGAAAACCUCACAUUUUGAAGAGUACCUAUGCGUAAAGGAAGCAGUACUCUUGGAUCUUCUUAGAGUAAUUAGCCAUCAUCGUGCUCGGCUUGCCACACCCAUUCGUACAGUACAGAAAAUAUACGAUGAGGCUGAUUUGGAGAAUGUGCCAUUUUCCGACUCUAUUUUUACACGUUCUGGAGCUACUGCUAGCCGUCCAUUAUUGUUAAUUGAGCCCUUUAAUAAAAUUAAUGGCGAAGAUAAAGUUAAAGCUUCACAUCGUCCACUUCAUGCUAAUGAGGAAAAAGAUGCAAAGGUUGAAGCAGCUCUGGUAUCUGAAUUCAAAGCAGAUAUCAAGGCAGGAUCAACGCCAAUUGUUGACUCGAAAAGAGAGAAGGUGAUCACAAAAUCUACUUCGAACUCCAGCACAAAUUCUAAAGUCUCAGCUGUCUCGGCAUCCGAUCCUCAACUUAUCAGUUCAAUGCCUGAUAAUUCAGUUCAAAACAAUUCUGGAGCACAGCAGUCUAAUGGAAGUAUGGGAGAUGGAUGGAAGGAGACAAUGGGGCAAAAUUCUGAAGGCACAACCUCCAAGGGAGCAACACCUGAGAGGUCUUCAGUUGCUGACCCAGAAUCUGGAAUUGAAAGAAUGAGAGUCCUGUCAUUUCACAGGCCAAGCAAGAUAUUGAGAGAUCUGUUGCAUCACCAUCAGUGACCAGGCCUUCUUUGGAGGAGAACCUUGUUCUCGGUGUUGCUCUGGAGGGCUCAAAACGAACUCUUCCAAUUGAGGAAGAAAUGGAUCCAUCUCCUUUCCCUUUAGAAUCGAAGGAAUUGGCUGCCUGCGGAAAUGGAGGAGCUCCUCCUGGCAAGGAUAAAAAGGACAGCCAGGACAAUUCCUAGCACCUCACAAAGGGAGUAGUACGAUGAUGAUGAUCAAAUGCUAGGUGUGGAAUGUGCCUCUUAACCAUUAAAUUUAUGCAAGAACGCGGCGGCUGUGUUUUUAAAGCUGGCGCCAUGCAGUCAAGUGUACUAGCCUGUAUGUGUAAAUAAUUAAUUAUCAAAUUGAAACUUGUGGGCUAAUCAGGAGAUUCAGAACAACCGCUGAAAAAUGGAGAAAGAAAAAGGGAAUACGGUCUACGUGGAAUAUCACAGGUUUAUGUAAACAAAUAUUAUCUCUUGUUUUUAGUCGCUAUACCUAAGUAAUCACACACAAAUUUGUGGUUU